AUGCCGCUUCUUCACAAGAAAGCUUUCGUUCGACAGGAGCCUCCGGCCGACCUGCGCCCCGACGAGGAGGUCUUCCUCUGCCGCAUAACGCAUGAAAUCUUCCGUACCUACGACGAGUUCUUCGAGAGGACCAUCCUGUGCAACAGUCUGGUGUGGAGCUGCGCUUUGACCGGCCGAGCAGGCCUGACUUACCUGGAGGCGGUGGAGAGUGAGCGGCGUGCCAGGCAAAACCUCCGCAACUUUCCCGCCGCGCUCAUCAGGCCGCUUCUGCACCUGGCGGCACUGUGUCGACGCGGCCGCCUGAGCGAGCUGUGUGAAGACAUCUAUGCCUUCACCAAAGAGCGCUUUUUCCCCGGCGAGACGGUGGACGUCAGCGGACGCAACGGGGCAAGGCACAUUUGCGAAAUCCUUAAGGUCCACUCGCCGUAUUCCAGCACCAAGGGGGCGCCGGUCGUAAACGGACACAAGUCUGCAGACGGCGACACCAUCGUUAUCAGCGACAGCGAUGAUGAAGACGCCGCCGCCUUUCAAAGUCCCAGCAGGAAAAAGAAGAAAUCACUAAGUCCGUCGGCGUUCAAGUACGAAGUGAGGUUGACGAAGGAUGAGCCUGGGGAGCCGUUUAUCACCAGAGCCAAUCAGAUCAGCCGUAGGAAAAACGUAAUGUCACGCGAACGUCUCAAGCUGCUACUCAAGCAGCACUGUGAGCCGGCCAACGGCAUCAUUAGGCUAAAGGCAUCAAGCAUUGCAAAGUACCGACUGUCCGAUCAAAACUUCUCACAAUUCUUCCCCGAUGACCCUCCACAGUUCCCCUGCAGUGUUAAGAUGGAGGCACGAGGCUCACAAUUGCAGUCAAGCACAUCACACCUAAUGGCGGCUGAGGAGAAGCUAAAGCUCCUGCAGCAGGAAUUGUUUGCCAAGGCAAAGCUGAAGAACAAGGAGGAGUCACAGGAGGCCAAAGAAAGGUUUAAGGAGGAGCAGAGGAAGCGCUUUGAGGAGGAGAAGCAAAAGAGGAGAGAGGAAAAGGAGCGCAAAAAGCAGGAAAAGGAUCUGGAGCGUGAAAAGCUAAAGGAGGAGAAGAAGAAAUAUGCCGAGAGGCUGAAACUGUGGAACAAACCGAGAGAGGACAUGGAAUGUGAAGACCUAAAGGAUCUGCCUACUCCCACGCCUGUCAGGACUCGGCUCCCACCCGAGCUUUUUGGAGAAGCCAUGAUGGUGCUGGAGUUCCUCCGGGCGUUCGGCGAGGACUUCGGACUCAAGGAUGAAUUCCCAGAUGGAGUCUCACUUGAGGUUCUGGAAGAGGCCCUUGUGGGCUCCGAUUCAGAAGGUCCUCUCUGUGAGAUGUUAUUCUUCUUCAUCACGGCCAUCUUUCAGGCUUUGGAUGAAGAACAAGAAGAGGUGGCUACAGAUGCUCAGGAAGAAGCAUCUGAAGCCCCGGAUGACGACUCUGAGCGUCCCGACUGGGCUGAGAGCGCCGCCCUGUCAUCGGCCGCUGCCUGGUCUCAACUUCACCUGGGCUGCAGUCUCCAGGAGGUGGAUCUGGACAGCUGCACGCUGUCAGAAAUCCUGCGCCUGCACAUUCUGGGGUCCAGCGCCUACUGCAACCAUGCCAACGCCAAGUUCCGCUACCAGAAGCAGGGCGGCUACACGUCCACAGACGACCCCUGCGUUGAGCUCUGCUCGGCCCGCCCGGCACUCAUGGGGAGGCUCGCGUGCACCGCCGUGUACGAUUUGACACCAGGCGAGAAACUUAGCAUCCUCCAGGCGUUAGCGGGCAAGCUACUGACGUUAGCGUCCAGCCGAGAUCUGAUAGAGGACUGCUUGGAGGAGCAGCGCGCCGCCCGCCAGGAGCUGAGGGAGAUCCGAGCCGAGCAACACCGCAGGGAACGCGAGGAGGCGGCGCACAGGGUCCGUCUUCGCAAAGAGGAGCGUCUUAAGGAGCAGGAGCAGCGACUGAAAAUGAAAGAGCAGGAACUGAAGGACGGCGAGACGAACUCGUCGCCGAGUGUGAAGACUGUAAAAGAUGAAGUGAAAGAAUCUGUGACAGCUUCUCACUCCCAAGUUCCUGUGAGGCCCCUUGCCACUCCGACGGUGGCACAAUUAGAGGAAGAGCAGGAGAAGGUCCGUGAGCUACUAGAGCGCAUCCAGAAGGCUGCGGCGUGUACCAGCCUUCACCCGCUGGGCCGGGACCGCCUCUAUCGCCGUUACUGGCUCCUCCCGUCGGCCUCAGCGCUUUUCGUGGAAGAGGACAGCUUCGGCCUGACGGAGGACAUGUUGCAGCCCCGCCCUAAACCUGUCCAGGACACCUCUGCCGACAUGGAGGACGUCCAGGAGGAGCCCGCGGAAGGAAGCGUGGGAUCAAGCCCAGCCCUGCCGUACUCCAGUGGCCCGCCGGUCAACCGUCCGAACCAGUGGUUCUUCUACAGCUCGGUGGAGGAGUUGGACCAGCUGCUGGAUGCGCUGAACCCGCGGGGACAUCGGGAGAGCGCCCUGAAAGAGGCACUGUUGCAGGAGCGUGAACGUCUGCAGGAGGUUCUGCAGGCCUGCCAGUGCAGCAAGUAUACCUGCACAGAUGAUCCAGAGUCCUCCCGAUCUGUCCCAGAACGCACUGCUACGGCCAAGACCGUCAUGGAGGUCAGACUGCGAGACCUCUUGCUGGAUAUAGAGGAUCGCAUCCACCAGGGAACUCUAGGAACACUCAAGGUGGCGGACAGACAGGUGUGGCGCGCUGCUAUGGAGGCAGGAAACUACGGGCUCCUGUUGGCUGUAAGCGAAGUCGCAGAGAUCGACUCUGGCGACACAAUGGCAGCAGUGAGAAGUCUGGCUCGGGCGCUGGGCCACAUCGAGCAGGGAAUCGAAAGACGCUUCCUUAAAUCUCCGCUAGUUGAGGAGGAGUCUAAAAAAGAGGCCAAGAGUAAAAAGAGCAAGAAAAAGGAUGAAGACCAGGCCAGCGACGACGGCAGUGAGAGCAGCCGUACGUCAAAGUCGGUGUUGGAGCGCUGGAGAGAAUCUCUGCUGUCGUCUUCCAGCCUGUCUCAGGUUUUCGUUCACUUAUCCAUCCUGGAGAGAAGCAUUCUGUGGUCUCGCUCGGUCCUGAACGCCCGUUGCCGCGUGUGCCGGCGCAAAGGCGACGCCGACAGUAUGCUGCUCUGUGACCUGUGUGACCGUGGACACCACACCCACUGUUUGAGGCCACGUCUCAAGAGUAUUCCGGAAGGCGAAUGGUUUUGUCCCGACUGUCGGCCCAAAGAGUCCAAACGCCUUCCUUCUCGACAGCGUUUAUCAAUGGAAGAUGAGCGCGAGGACGAUGAGGAAGAGUCCAAGGAAGACGAGGAUGAAGAGGAGUCGGAAGAGGAAGAACUAGUUGUCGCAAGUUCCAAGAAAAGUCAGGCGACGCCCCCUAAAGGCAAGAGUAAUCAGACCGUGUCUAAAAGCCAACAGUCCACAUCCAAGAAAGCUGCAGUGUCAAAUGGGAAGAGCACAAACAAGUUGUCAGGCAAGAAGACCAAUCCCCAUCCAUCGUCCAAGACCGCCAAAAACAAUGAGAGCCUCAAAAAUUCUACGAGUUCAAAGAGGCCGCCACAGACGUCCCGAGUCCUUAACGUCCUCCCUUCCCUACCCUCCACCCUGGAUUCGGGCAGCCGUCGCUCGUCAGGGAGGAACCGAGGUGUCCACGAGCUGUCGGCGUUAGAGCUCUUGAUCGUGGAGCUGGUCCGCCACGACGACAGCUGGCCCUUCAUGAAGCUGGUGACCCGAACGCAGGUGCCUGACUACUAUGACAUCAUCACCAAACCCAUCGCGCUGAGCACCAUCAGAGAGAAAGUCAACAACUGCCAGUACCUCAACACGGGCGACUUCAUCGCAGACGUGGACCUGAUGUUCUCCAACUGUCUUCGGUACAAUGCUCGACACACCAAUGAGGCCAAGGCCGGCCUGCGCCUGCAGCAGUUUUUCCAUACCCAGCUGAAGAAACUGGGCCUAUCGGACCACGGCGCCGACACCCCGCCUGCCAAGCGAGCUCGCCGCUGA